ACUGUUGAUUAGCAACAAGAUGGCCGUCGUUGCAUCGCGCUUCGAUCCAGCGCGUGAAUUUAGUCGUUCAGAAGCAGAAUUACAAGAUCAUGUACUUGAUAUUUAUGGUACUAAAGAGCAUGAAGUGGAUUUAUUCAGACCAAAUAUUGCUGAUCAGCACAAGGUGGGAUUCUUUACGCUGGAUAGAUGUUCCCAGACAGAAGUAUCCGAGGUUGUGGACCUCAAGGAAAUGACCGAGGUCCUACAAAUCCUGCUGCAGGAUGUGACAAAUCUUCGUCGAGACAUUAACCUAACCAAGCAUGUCAUGCAGGCAGACUACGAGUCCAAAUUACAGGAAAAAAGUCUGGAAUUGUAUGUCAGAAUAAAUGAGAAGGUGAAAGAAUUGGAGAGAAUCCACGAGGAUAGGGUGUCCACCGUCAGACGGGCCUUCCGACAGCAGCUGUCAGAUGCCAUUGCUAGAGUCGCUGUUCUGUACAAUAAAAAUCUCGAAUCAAAGAUAAAGAAAGAGAAAAGAAAGCAAGAGGAAGGUCAGGACAAACACGACGAGAAAUACAAGGAAAUGCAGGCCACAAUCCAGCGGAACGAGACCGUUAUACAGAUGCUGAAAAUGCAGCUGGCACAGUUCCAGCAGCGACGCAACAGUGAAGUAGAGAGCCCGGAAAUUUCCUCCGAUCGACCAUCGAACACGACAGCAGCCUCUCCUGUUCCAUCACUGGACCCGCAGAAGAAGUCAAAGAAGGAGCCAUCACCCACAAAGGAACGUGCCCCUCCCCCACAAAAAGCCAAAUCACCCCCUCCUUCUCCCUCCCCCAAACCACCCCCAAAACAAGUUGCCAAAAAGAUGCCCCCAGUGAUUGAGGAAUUGUCUGUGAAGUCUAAAUCCCCCAGUGUGAAUGAGGAAUUUGAGGCACUCAAGGAAGAAUGUGAUGGUCUUCACAGGAGGGUGGACCGCCUCGAGGAGGCACUGGAUAUCAAGGACAAUGAAAAUGUCAACUUAAUGGAGCAAGUAAAUCAGCUAAAUUCCAAUCUAGAAAAAGAGAAAAUCAUGGUGGAUCAGCUGAAAUAUGAAGCAGAGGAAACCAAGAAACUGGCAGAAAAAGAGAAAGAGUCAUCAAAAUCUCAGGCAGAGGCUCUGCUGGCGAAACAGAAACAGGAAAUGCAGAGGAUGAUGGAUGAACAGAUUCGACGAGCAAAGGAAGAGGCUGAAAAUGCCAGACUAGAAGAGGCAAGAUCAUUGAAAGAAGCAGAAGGUGGUAAAAUCAAGUUACUGAUGGACCAGAAGAAACAGCUGGAGCAGGAGCUGAUGCAGGAGAGGAAGAAGAACUCUACAAAAUCUCAGGAGGUUGUAGACGAGGAAAAAUACAAAAAGGUGGAGCAAAAACUGAGGGAUGAAAUUCUAAGACUUAAAAAAGAGAUAGAAAGAAUACAUCGCACAUGGGAAAAGAAGUUUGCCAUUUUACAGCAAAGCUUGCAUGCCUUGAAGGAUGAGAGUUACAUCAGACAGACUCUGCAGAGACAGGCUGCAGCGUUGCACCAUGCUGCUGUCAGCUAUGCUGCAGACACUCCGGCAGGAAUUGUACCCCAGAAGCCUCAGUCUUACCCCAGAAAACCUGUCAUUCCUGAUAUCCCAAAGAAACCCCAACCCUCCAAUACUCCAGCCAUAAACGUUAAUGCCUCUGCUGGUGGGAUGGGGAUGCCCGACAAGGAUUAUAUCUCAUACACUGUCUCCGCCCCAAGUGGGCGGGGCACUGCCAUGCUGUCCGUGGAUGAAAAUCAAGUGAUGUCAGAUGGAGAACAAAUGCCAGAAGAUGUAGACCACAUUCCCCCUCCACCAAUACGUCGUCAGGAAAGUCCUGACAAUGCUUUCACCAAGACGGAGGAUGGACUCUACUCAUCACAAUCACAACCAAUGGCAACCCCAACAAUAUCUGGCCAAUAGAAACAGACGUUACAAUAAUCACUGGUGACAGACAACCAAUAAAAAUGAAUGUUAUAUGAGCAUCUGUGAUAUUGAUGAUGUGCAUGUACAAUUAUUAUCCAAUGAUGGUUUAAAAUUAUUGGAGCUUCUAGACCCUGGAAAAAAAAGAUCCCAGCAGAAAAAUAGCAUUCUGUCACUGUCAGAGGAAGGAACCAAACAUCUAGUUUCUUAUAUGACAGUAAACUUGCCAGUUCUGCAACGUAAUAUUGAAAAGUCAGCUCACAGGACAGAUUUCUGUGAUGUAAGCCAUUUUUGAAUUUGGAGAUUACGAUGUAUUUGAUGUGCAAGAUGUUGAAGUGGAACAAUGUACUCCAAAGUAAUAAAUUGUUAAUGAGAGGUAGCGUGAUAAAUCGUCCUGUAACCCAGUGUGGGGAUACUGACUGUUGGUCAUUUGGGAAAAUGAUAAAAACCUGUGAUAUUUCAAGCCUGUAAUUUUCAAUUCUGUGUAAACUGUAAAGGAUUUUAUGAAAACUUGUAUAGUAUAUUUCAUGAAAGUAUUUUGCAUUAAUGAUAUGAAAUCUAGCUGAUCAAUCUACUGCUGAAUGUCUUGUUGACCCCCUUUUUGUGAUACUGAUAUAUGUAAUAUUGCUGUGAUAUCUGUAUUACAGGUUUUUUGUUUUUACACCAUGUAUAAUGCUACCUUUAAUAAAUUGUGAUAUCUGA